UUUGUUUUGCAUCUGUGGCUGUUUUUUGCCAAAUUCUGUAAAAAAAUGCUCUCUGUGGCAGUCAUACCUUUGUGUGUUUGUGUGUGUCUGUUUGUGUGUGUGUGUGAUUGAGCAUGUCUUUUCUAUAUUGCAUUUGUGCUCUAGAACCAGGCCUACCUUUCUGUGUUAAAAUUUUCAGAUUUAUUCUGGAUGCAUUGAUUUUUUUGACAAAUAAAAGGGGGAAAAAUUUUUUUUUGCAUUUCCCAUUCAUUUCAAUUGGGGUCAUUUUUACCCCCAAAGGGACUAAGUGAGUGAAUUUUUUGUUUACGCCUCUUUAGAACGACCGAAUCAAGCCCAGUUGUUUUAUAUGAAUCUUGACAGAUAAUCUGAAAAAGUCACAAAAUCUAAUUCCACUGAGAUGAAGGGAACCAUAUUUUUUUAACUAAAGAAAAGUGGCUUGGGGUAAGAUUGACCCCAAGGGACUAAAUAGGGUUAAUGUGGAAUCCUUCUGAAAGUUUUGGAUGAACUACGUGGCUUUAUUAGAUUUGUCACAUGACAUAGUAAGAUGCAGGUGUGCUUCCCCUUUGAAUUCAUUAGACCGCCGGAGUUUUCCAGAUACUGGAUGAGUUUCUGUCGUGAGAUUUAGAUUGUGACAUUUGAUAAUAGCGGAGGUCAGAUUUUUACUAAUCUGCUAAUGCAAGGAGCAGGACUCUUGACCUGCCCUUAUCUACAGGCAUUUUAGCUCGAGUAUAAAAGAAACCCUCUGCAGACUGAGAAAACAUCGACCGACACCAAGGUAAUAACGCAUGUAUUUAUAAGUUGCAUGUUUUUAUUACUAUUAUAAAUUAAAAGAAAUAUGUCUCUGUUAUAAAAGUAUUUAGAUGCAACAGCAUCUGUAGCCCAUCCCAAUAUUUUCAAUUGUUAAAUUGAUGUAUAAUUAUAAUCCGUUAUUUCAGAAAGAUAUGUGGAACCAGAUUACUAAAGACGACAAAAACAUACUCAAGCAGAUAAAGACAAAGUCGCAAUGGGAGGGCAAGGUGAAUAGAUGCCCCUUGUCAAAGCAAGUGAAAAACUACGAGGAUGGCUCGUGCUAUCAAGAUACUUUACAUCACAGAGCGGUCAAGAAACAGACGUGCACAACUAAUGUUUGUGAGGGCUCUAUUAUGAGUUCAAAGUCUCUGAUGCGGUGUCCCUCCUCUACUCUGCCAGGCUCCAAUGAAAUCCUCAUGCAAGCUAUUGACUUCAUUAAUCAGUAUUACAAGUCCAUUAAAAACACAAAAAUUGAGGAGCACCUGGCUCGUGUGGAGGAGGUUUCCACACAAAUAGAUGCAACUGGAUCAUAUCAACUCACAACAAAGGAACUGGAAUUUGGGGCUAAGCAGGCGUGGAGAAACGCACCGAGAUGCAUUGGCAGAAUACAGUGGGCUAAUCUGCAGGUGUUUGAUGCACGCAGAUGCAGAACAGUAGCUGAUAUGUUCCAGGUGCUGUGUGAUCACAUUCAGUUUGCCACUAAUGGAGGCAACCUAAGGUCCACCAUCACUAUAUUUCCUCAAAGAACUGACGGCCAACAUGAUUUCCGCGUAUGGAAUACGCAACUCAUAAGAUACGCAGGUUAUAAGAUGACGGAUGGCACAAUAAUAGGAGAUCCUGCCAGUGUUGACUUUACAGAGAUUUGCAUCCAGCUUGGAUGGACACCAAAGUAUGGUCUGUUUGAUGUGCUUCCCCUGUUGCUACAAGCUAAUGGAGAGGACCCUCAGCUUUUUGAAAUUCCUGAACAUUUGAUUUUGGAAGUUCCCAUGGAGCACCCACAGUGUGAAUGGUUUAAGGAUUUGAAUCUCCGUUGGUAUGCAUUGCCUGCCGUGUCCAACAUGUUGCUUGAGAUUGGUGGUCUUGAAUUCACAGCAUGUCCUUUUAAUGGGUGGUACAUGGGAACUGAAAUUGGAGUCAGGGACUUUUGUGAUGCCAAACGCUACAAUGUUCUUGAGCGAGUCGCUCGUAGAAUGGGCUUGGAGACGCAAAAACUCUCCUCACUAUGGAAGGAUCAGGCCUUGGUGACCAUCAAUGUCGCAGUGAUGCAUAGUUUUCAGAAAAAUAAGGUCACCAUCACGGACCAUCAUUCUGCAAGUGAGUCCUUCAUGAAGCACAUGGAGAUGGAGGUACGCCUGCGUGGAGGGUGUCCAGCUGACUGGAUCUGGCUGGUGCCACCAAUGUCUGGUGCUUUAACACCGAUGUUCCACCAGGAAAUGCUGAACUACAUCCUGUCACCAUUUUUUUAUUACCAGCCUGAACCAUGGUUGACGCACAAGUGGAAGAACAAGAGAAAGCAAGCAAGAGGGCAUAAAAUCAGCUUCAAAGGCUUGAUAAGAGUUGUGCUCUUCUCUCAAAGACUCAUCAGAUCAGUCUUAGCCAAGCGGGUGUGCUGUACCGUCCUCUAUGCCACAGAAACAGGGAAAUCUCAGACCUUUGCUAAGAAGCUCAAUUCGAUGCUGAACUGUGCCUUUAGCUCCAGGCUUGUCUGUAUGGAGGACUACAACAUCAGUGAACUUGAGAAUGAAAGCCUUCUGAUGGUUGUCACCAGUACCUUCGGCAGUGGAGACUGUCCAGGAAACGGAGAGAAUUUCAAGAAACAGUUUUUCAGCCUGAAAACCCUAAGAAACAAAGUCAGGUACUGCGUGUUUGGUCUCGGCUCUCGCAUGUACCCACAGUUCUGUGCGUUUGCUCAUGCUGUGGAUAGUAAGUUUGCAGCGCUGGGAGCUCUUCGCGUGUCCCCCACAGGGGAAGCAGAUGAACUGAAUGGACAAGAUGAAGCUUUCUCAACCUGGGCUUGCACUGCUUUUAAGGAUGCAUGCAAGGAGUUUAACAUUCAAGGAGAGCUUCCUGGAUCUGACCGCCUGGUGGACUCUUGGGAUCCUCAGAAACACAGAGUUCAGAAUGACAGCUGUACAUUUGAGAGAAUCGCAGCUUUGUCGGCCCUUCAUUCUAAAUCUGUGGUUCCCUUGAAGCUGAAAAGAAGAGAGAAUCUACAAAGUCCGCAGUCAAGUUGUUCUACAAUAUUGGUGGAGUUGGAUUGGAAUGCCAAGCCCUUACAUUUUGUCCCUGGAGAUCACAUAGGGAUUUUUCCAGGUAACUCACCUGAGCUGGUGGCUGGUAUCCUCAAGCGCAUCUUCAAUGCCCCUCCUAUCAACCAGAGCCUUCGUUUGGAAUUCCUCAGUGAUUCUUACCCUGAUGGUGAAAAGUGGCAGAGAGAUGAACGAUUACCCCCGUGUCCUCUUGCCCAAGCCCUGACGUACCUUCUGGAUGUCACCACCCCACCUUCACAAAGCCUUCUCCGUAAGCUCUCAAAGAUGGCAAGACAAGAAGACCAUCGACAGCGUCUACUGGCAUUAGCAACAGACGUUCAGGUGUAUUUUGCAUGGAAGGACUUCCACAAACCAACAUUCCUCGAAGUACUGGAGGAGUUUCCCUCUCUGGAACUGAAUGCUGCCUUUCUCCUGAGCCAGCUACCUGUGCUGAAGCCACGCCUCUACUCCAUAAGCUCCUCCCCUGACCUACACCCUCACGAGCUCCACCUCACUGUGGCCGUGGUCAGCUACUACACACAGGCAGGAAAGGGUUCACUGCAUUUUGGUGUCUGCAGUACCUGGCUUAAUACCAUUAAAGAAGGAGACAUGGUGCCCUGUUUUAUCCAUAGCUCGGAUGGGUUCCACCUCCCAUCUGACCCCAGCACUCCCUGUAUCCUUGUGGGCGCUGGGAGCGGCAUCGCUCCCUUCAGAAGCUUCUGGCAACAACGAUUCCAUGACAGCAAGAAAAGAGGUCUGAAAGGAAAUCCUAUGACACUCGUGUUCGGGUGUCAAAGUUCAGAUAAAGAUCACCUUUAUAAAGAAGAGACUCUGGACAUGCAAGAUAAUGGCACUCUGGACAUUAUUGCAACGGCUUACUCUCGACAAGCUGGUCAACCUAAGGUUUAUGUUCAGGAUGUCCUUCGAGAACAAAUGAAUGACAAGGUCUUUGAGGUUCUGCAUCAGAAUCGUGGUCAUCUGUACAUAUGCGGGGGCUUAAACAUGGCCCGUGAUGUGGCCUCCUCCAUUCAAGAAGUCCUGGUCAGCCGGUUGGACAUAAGUCUCGCUCAGGCUGAAGAAUAUCUUUCAAGGCUUAAGAAUGAGAGGCGCUACCACGAGGACAUUUUUGGGUCCUGGUGCUGAUGAACCAUCUUUGUGUUUUUAAGAGAUCACAACAAAAACAUACACAAAAAAGAGAUAAAUCCUACAAGUUAAUUAUUUUUAUGUAUUUGUAAAGUCUUGUCCACAAACAACAUUACCACUAAAAUGUGGAUAAAUGUGUAGUAACUCAUAAAUGUACACCAGUCUGACACAGCAGCAUAAUACUGGAUAGCACCUUGGUUAUCAAACAUAACUUUAUAUGUAUAGUUGUAAUUAUAGUAAAGAUUCUUUAUUUCUUGCACUGUAAAAUGAACACUGUUUUUCAUGCUUUUACCAUUUUAACAGUAUAACCUGUUUGGUUGUUUAAUACAUUUUUAUUUUAUUUUGGUAAGAUGAUCUACACUGUGGUAACUUUUGGCAGGAGCAAUCCUUUUUGACUAGCUCCAGCUAACAACAUUAGACUUGCGAUCAAACCCACAAUGGGCUUCCAAAGUCUAAAUCCUAGUGGGAAAAAAUAUCUGUUGCAUUUUUCUAAUUGCAAUUAAAUAAUUUCAUAAAACAUUAAGUAAAUUAAACAAAUUCACUUUUUACAUAAUUUCACUAUUAAUUAUUACUUGCUAAUAUUGAUACUUAAAAUUUUGACAAUUUUG